AGACCCUGCGCAGCCAAAACACAAGUGAUACUGAAGUAGCCCUGCGAAGAAUUUGAGAAUCAGGAAAAUGAGGAAGUUCGAUCCAUGGCCUGUAUUCUUCAGAAGAGAAUGGAACAGAACCUGGCCUUUCAUCGUCGGAUUCGCCGUAACCGGAGCCUUGAUCACCAAGUUCAGUCUUGGUCUAACUGAGGAGGAUGCCAAGAAUUCCAAAUUCGUGCAGAGGCAUAAAAAGCUGUGAUUUAGUGCAUGCAGAGAGAAGAGAUAACCAGUAUUCACUUUCUAUGAAAGCUUGUUUUCAUUUUAUAUUUUCCAAUAAUAACAGAAUUGUCCAAACAUUUGGUUGAAUCCUUUUCUUCAGACAUUUCUUUCCCCAGUUUGGAUGCUAUAGUUUCUUUACUAGCUUGUCUAUUUAACUGCAAUUUUAAAUUGAUCAGUUUAACAAUAUUUGUGGAAUUUUUACCCCAUUUGGACUCAAUUUGAUCUCGGCUUUAAACAUU